AGAAGAAAAAGCCACAAGAACAAAAGAAAAACCAAACCGAUACCUUAUAUGGACGACCCAACGACGCAACGUAACGACGAAACCUACGAACAUGAAAACAAAAGAAUAGUUAGUAAAGAGAAGAAAAAGCCACAAGAACAAAAGAAAAAAACCAAACCGAUACUUAUAUGGAUGACCCAACGACGCAACGCAAUGCGAAACUUACGAACAUGA